CACCAAUAAUUUGUCAAUUUUGACCUAAUAUCUCCUUGCGUAUCUCAAAUUCUCCGAUUUCGCUUACGAUAUGGCGCCAAUGAAGAAGACGGCCGAGAAGAAGCCAUCGACAGCAGAUAAGAAGCCAUUGAAGGCCGAGAAGAAGCUUCCUAAAGAAGGCGUGUCUAGUGCCGGCAUAGAGAAGAAGAAGAAGAAGAGCAAGAAGAGCGUCGAGACAUACAAGAUCUACCUGUUCAAGGUUUUGAAACAGGUUCAUCCUGACAUCGGUAUCUCUGGAAAAGCCAUGGGGAUCAUGAACAGUUUUAUCAGCGACAUCUUCGAGAAGCUCGCUCAGGAAUCGUCUCGUCUCGCUCGUUACAAUAAGAAACCAACAAUCACAUCUCGUGAGAUUCAGACUGCUGUUAGAUUAGUAUUGCCUGGUGAGUUAUCGAAGCACGCCGUCUCUGAGGGCACAAAAGCCGUUACCAAAUUCACUAGUUCUUAGAUCUGUUAUUAGAAAGCGAGAGAACGAUUGUACUUUGAUAAUCUGCUCAAGGUUUGCUUAAAAGUUUGAAACAUGUAUUACAGAAAUUGAAUUGGAUUUUGAUGAUCUA